AUCAAAGUAGAACCACAACAAUCAUUUCCAUGUGUGCUGUUCAUCUUAUAUCGAUACACAAAGGCUUCUUUUGCAAUCAGGACAUGGAUACAGUAUGUGGAGGUAUAAGCACUAUUUAAUUAGUCUAAUGCAUUUAUGGCUGCUAAUCAGGUUUAGUCAAGCUGGGUCAGCUCUGCGUCUGCCUCUCAGUAAGCAGCCGAUUGUGUUAGCGUCGUGGAACACGUAUUCUGCUUCACUUUCUUUACCUUUACGCACUCAUGGAUUGGGCUAAACACAAUUAAUGGGAAUUAUAUCGCCUCUGUCCAAUAUAGUUCCAAAGGUAAGUGUUGAGUGAACUUACUACUGCUCUCUGGUGCAGAAUGCAGACCCUGAUGCCGCACGUUCCCGUUCCGCGACCCGCUUACUCCCAGGCCCGGGAGAACCUGGUGAAGGCGAUUCCCCCCAAGCUGCUGUGUCUGCUGGCCUGUGGUGGUGUGGACUGCCGUUAUGAGGGACCAGAAUGUUGGAAAGCCAACCAGCAGGUCAUCAGAGGCAUUUUCUCAUCAUGGGUGACUGAUGACAUCAUCGCCAUGGCACGACCAUCCAAAAGCUUGAUGGACAAGUACAACAUCAUCGAGCAAUUCCAAAGAUUAAACAUCAGAUCCAUCAUAAACAUGCAAAUGCCAGGUGAGCACGCUCACUGUGGCCCACCCCUGGAUCCCAAAAGUGGCUUCACCUAUUCGCCACAGACUUUCAUGGAGAAUGACAUAUACUUUUACAACUUUGGCAUGCCAGACUUCUACGUAUCGUCGCUGGUCAGCAUAAUAGAUGGAGUGAAAGUGCUGGCCUUCGCGGUGGGGGAAGGGAGGGUUGCGGUGCAUUGCCACGCAGGCCUCGGCAGAACAGGGGUCCUAAUAGCCUGCUACUUAAUCUACACUUUGCGCAUCAGUCCCAGCGAGGCCGUCCACUAUGUGCGCAUCAAGAGGCCGCGCUCCAUCCAAACGCGAGCGCAGAUCAGCCAGGUGUUCGACUUUGCUCGCCUGCUCGGCACGCAGCUGGUUCAGUACCCAGACCUCAGCCUCCGACACGGAGCCCCCGUCACCCUCCAGCACUACCUCAACCGCCAGGCGCUCCUAUUGCACGGCCAGGAGGCCCGCACGCUCAGAUACAUACCCAAGGUGGUGUACCUCCUGUGUGUGCACCUCUCCUGCUUGUCUAUGGGAGUCCCCGCAGCUCCGGAGAUAAACGCUGAAUUGGAGAAGAGGUCAGCAUUGAGGAUCUUGACCAGAGUGGUGAGGGAGACCCUGGAGUCCAAACAGUUCCUGCCCUUGCUGAGGGAGGGCCACAACAUCCCACGGGUGGGCUCAGGCUCUGUGUCCUCCUGGGAUGAGCCACUGGGAUUUUUGGAGAGGAAAAGGGACUUGCUUCUGGACAAGCGUAGCUACAGUGACUCUGACCUCAGCAAGAUGGUGGAUCUGGAGAGGAGUCCCUGGUGUACAUCGGAUGCGAUAGGACCUGAUCCGAGACCGCUGAGCGCCAAGACUGCCUCACUCUCAUCACAGCUGAUCACCAAGAACUUUCAUACACAUAAUAUGCAGCCAAGCAAUAACUCUGCUAGGAAGUUAAAACGCACAGCUAAAAAGGCUCAAUCCAAGUACAGCUCCAACAUUGAGUUGUGCAGGAGUGCACACAAUCCACGCCCAACCUCAGUGGCUCGCACCAUUGCCAAAGCGAUGGCAGACCAAGGUCCACCAGAAGAAACCAUUCUGCAGCGAUCGUUUCUUCUACAGGAGGAACUGAACAGCAGCGAAUGUGGCUGGGCUCUUUUGGUGACAGAGUUAGAUCCUCGGGUUCUCACGUAUCUGCUGUGGACCUGGCUGGAGAAGCUAAAUGAGCCUGUUCUUGGUGCUGAGGAAUUAGCAAGAUUGAGUUGUGCGGGAAGCAACAGGAAGCCUCUAGAUAUGCUCAAGAAGUCACAGAGGCACACCAUCUAUUGUUUGUUAAGCUGUAUCAACACGGUGACCAGCCUGUGUCCACACAGAGAAGAUGGCGUGCUGCAGCGGCUGAUACAAGCACUGACAAAGCGACCUCAAGAGGACAUAGGAAGCCUUGCAAAUUUAACAACUCUCUUGAGGGCCCAUUUGCGGGAUACCUUUCACAGGAACAGUUACAUCCGGAGAGCCUGCAGCUGGGACGCGACACUUUGAAUUGGACCAAUUAUUUUCAAUCAUUCUGACAUAUCGAAGGUUUUGAGGUUACGAAUGGUGCGAAAUGAUUUAGUUUGCGUGAGUGGUGAGAGAAUACAUGGUCACAAGACAUCCUCAGUUACUGACAUACUGUUUUUCAUUUGAUUGUUUUAUAUCUGUGACUUACUUUUCAUGCAAAUAUUUACUGUAAUUAUGACAUAUGCGUCAUUUUCCGACUCACGUAAAUUCUGGUUAGUGCACCGUAUGAACGGAGCGCUGUUGGUAAACCAAGGACCCCCUUUAUUUUUUAUUAAAUCUGGAUUAUUCCAAAAUAGCAAUAAAGCAAGAACAUUUUAGAUAACUUGUCAACCAAAAAGGUGUGAACAUUUUUGGCAUUCUCUGCAUGAUGGAUUAUUGUCACAUUAUGAUGUAACAUCGGACAUUUUUCAGCUAUUACAGAAAAAAAAAGUCACACUUGUUCAGCAUCAUGCUCUCACUCUCUUGUCUCUAAUAACUAUUUGGGAUUUUUAUAUAGGCGGCACAGUGGUUGACUGGUUAGAGCGUCAGCCUCACAAUUCUGAGGUGCGGGGUUCAAUCCCCGUCCCCGCCUGUGUGGAGUUUGCAUGUUCUCCCCGUGCCUGCGUGGGUUUUCUCCGGGCACUCCGGUUUCCUCCCACAUCCCAAAAACAUGCAUGAAUUGGAAACUCUAAAUUGCCCGUAGGCAUGACUGUGAGUGCGAAUGGUUGUUUGUUUCUAUGUGUCCUGCGAUUGGCUGGCAACCAGUUCAGGGUGUACCCCGCCUCCUGCCCGAUGACAGCUGGGAUGGGCUCCAGCAUGCCCGCGACCCUAGUGAGGAGAAGCGGCUCAGAAAAUGGAUGGAUGGAUAAACCUUUUCACCAUGAAUUCCCACGUACAUCUUGGUGGCUAAAACUCCAAUUGCACCACUAAUAAUCAAACCCUGACAUGUCAUCUUACUGUCAGAGCAAUUGAGAAAAUAGGGUACAUGGCUUGAAAGAUGAUCUUAGCCUUGUUUUCUACCGCCGCCGUUUGGAUGUGUGAAGUGUCAGUCAAAAAGGUGUUGUGCGAUAAAAAGCUUCCAAUUGACUAACACCGACCCUAAUUGAAAUUGAAAGGUAAGUUGAUUCAAAAAUAGACGUGGAAAUUCAGACAGUGAGUAAUUGUCCUCAACAGCUAAUUGACCUUUCUGUUGCUUAAUUAAUGGGAGAUGUGCUCUUUUGACUAUGAAAUGGUAGCGUGUUGUAGCGCUACUAUUUACGGCAGCCACUCCAUUUAUUUUUCUCACCCACAGGUUCAACUGCAUCAAUUCAUUUUUUUAAGGAAAUUGAAAUAAAUAAAAAUAAAAACAUGUUUAAAAGCCUGAA